AUGGUCAAUAUAGCUUCUGUAGUUCUAAGGAUUGCGAGGUAUGUGCAGGAUCUGUGGACGUACAUAGCCAGGUUUUUGGAUGGACGAUCGUUAGUGAUGCUGUCAGUUACGAAUAAAUGGUUCAACCAUGUUAUCAUGCAAGAGUGUAUAUGGAAGUUCACAUGCUUGCGGGACCUUCAGGUUCCUGAUCCUGGUCACGUAGCAUUCAGUUGGUCCAAGCUAUAUGGUUCAGUUGUUGACGGAAGUCACUCCUAUAUUUUCCGCCAGCAGGAGAAACAUAUUGAUUGGAUGUGGAUUGGGGCAUUUUCGUUCAAUUCAGAAGUGGCAUUUCUUUCCGAAAGGAUGGUGAAUCCACCUGUGAAAAUCCCAGAACAUGGAAAUAUAGAUGACAUGUUGCAGUCUUACGGCUCAUGUUUGCUAAGGAAAAUCAAGACCGGAAUCUGGAUAGCUGAUUUACAACUUGUUCGAUGCCCGGUAUGUGACCUUGAAAAAUGUGAAGGAACAAUGCAGAUGUUAGAUGCAAGGCUUAUUGAGCUGUUCCUUAGCCAAGGGUACCAGGAUAGGAGUUGGGACUAUGAACUCAUUGGAUCUCAUGAAAUAAAAAAGACAUCACGAGGAGCUUAUGGGGCCAUUUUCGACCUCAAAUACCUCACAAGCAACUCAACAGCCGGGAUCUUCGAUUACAAGUCAUGGACAGGACAACCCCAUGAUUUUCAACCAAAAGCAAUAAUUGCUCUUCAUGCAGUUGCAGUCAACACCAAUUUACAAGAAAAUCAAGGAGUUCUAAUGAAGUACCUUGCCAUGAGGGCCGGAGCUGAAGGGGAAGUAGUUUCAAUCAGAAUCUCACAACAGCUCCUCUGAACCUGAAUGAACCACACAAACUUAGUUUCUCUUCUCAUCAUUCAA